AUGCCCGCCCCGGGCGAUCAGCACAGCAUCGUGGUGAACCCUUUCGAGGAGCCACAGAAACGAAUGAGCGAGUACACGGCACAGGAAAUCGCGACUUUGCAAAGUCGUCUCGAGAAGCAGCUCGGCCCCGAAUACCUAUCCUCACGCGCCGGUCCCUCAGGCCAAAAGGUUCACUACAUCACCGCCGAGAAGUGCAUUGCUCUCGCCAAUGAGGUAUUUGGCUUCAAUGGCUGGUCCUCGUCCAUCCAGAAUAUCCAGGUCGACUUUGUCGACGAGCACCCGCAGACGAUGAGGAUCAGUCUUGGACUCUCUGUGAUUAUCAGGGUGACGCUCCGCGACGGCACGUUUCACGAGGAUAUUGGGUAUGGACACAUUGAGAACUGCAAGGGCAAGGCCGCAGCGUUUGAAAAGGCGAAAAAGGAGGGCACCACAGACGCGUUGAAGAGGGCGUUGAGGAACUUUGGCAAUGUGUUGGGCAACUGCAUCUACGACAAGGAUUACCUCGCCAGGGUGAUCAAGAUGAAGGUUGAGCCGAAAAGGUUCCACGAGGACGACUUGCACAGACAGCGUGACUUCGUCGUUAAGAAGGUGGAGGAGAAGGCACCACCAGCACCACCAGUGAAACUAGAGGUCACGGAAUCGCUUGAGGAUCUGAUGGGUGAAGACUUUGACGAUGUAGACUUCGCCAUUUCCGAAGGCGAACAUCCCGACGAAGUCGCUCUCCCGCCAACAACGAACGGUACCUCGAACAGUAGAGCUGCGAGCGUUGCCCCAGCGCCGGUACCUCAACACAUGCAAGCACCGUCUCGACAAAUGGGCAGGAGCACGUCAGCAGGAAACUUGGGAAACAAUGGAAAUCAGCGAACACCCCAGACACCGAAUCAAGCACAAUCACGACCGGGCCCUCCAACAGGCUACGGUAACAGACCUCAGCCACCUAAUCAACCCCGCGCACCCACGAACCCGUCAGGCCCAUCCGCUCCGUCCGCUCCCACAGCAAACGCCAAUAUGACAACGCCAGGGCAGGCCGGCAAUGCCGCCGCCGAACCAGUCGGCUUCUUCUCUGCACGUGCUGUACAGCAAAUCCCAGAAUCUGCUCUGCAGGGGAACAAUGCUGACGCCUCCAUGUUGCUGCCAGCCGGCCAACAAGUCUUCAAUCCAAAGGCAGAGAGCCCAUCCAUACGAAAGACCCCCGGCAUAGACCACUCGAGCUCCAAGCCGCUCGCUAGAUCUGGUCAACACGUCCCGCCCACCCCAUCGCAACAACCAUCUACCUCUGGCUUCACGCCGGUGAGACCGGGUAAUGCCGGCCCGGGAGGAGGGGCCGGUAUGCCUCACCCUCAGUUCAGCCAGAGUCGCCGCAUCGGAGCUCCUGGUGGCGCUGGUAGUCCUUUGGCCAACCGCAAUUCGUAUCGACCGCCGACUAUGAAGCGUCCUUUGCAGCAGGACGGCGCCGGACGACCGGCCCUCGCUGAUGUUUCGAAUAACGGGACGUCGGGCAACCCUCCUGGCACACCUGGAGCAGACCCAAAACGCCAGAAGAUGGCUUGA